AUGUCGAUCAAGAGUGUGUUUUUUCUCCUAGUGGAUAUAUGCAUCACAGUUUCUGUGAAUGCUCAACUACCUCAAUUUCCAUUUCUGUUUCCGUUCCAACCGAGUCCUGGUAUGCCAGGAAUGCCCGACAUAACCAAAUGCUUGUCAACACUGAUGAAUGUUCCAGGAUGUCUUGUAGAAAUAUCUCAAUCGGUACUGACCGGAAAAUUUGGUAGCAUAGGUAGGGCUUGUUGUAAAGCUUUUCUAGAAGCUGAAGCCAACUGCACACCAAAUCUUCCAUUCAACCCAUUUUUCCCUCCUAUGCUAAAGCAACAAUGCACCAAGACUGCUGGUCCUCCAACUACACUCUAG